UAUUAUCUUUGGUUUGCUUAUUUCUUUUCAAUACAAAAAAUGGCUGCUUUACAACAAAAUUUUUCAAAAAUGAUUUCAGCUCAGCUACGCAAUAAAGCAAACGACUUUUUAAACUCAAGGAAAAAUGCUAAUAAUCUUGCCGAUAUCAUACAAUUGUUUGAGGCUGAAACUGAAAACUUUACAUCCGUACUCCUUGCGAUUGAAGUAAUAUUCACUGAGUUACUGAAAAGAGGUGAUCUUUUACAAGUGGUCGUGCCAUUAAAGCCAGCAGAUCAAUCUCCUGAAGCCCAAUAUAAGAAAUGGCUGAAUGAAUGCUAUGAGACAGCACUUACUCAUGCUUUACAAUGUGUAAAAAAAGGAAAAAUAACUUCACGGCUCCAAGCCCUGGUUACUUUAUGUAAGCUGAUGCAGGCUGAGGGGAAUUAUCCUCUGGAGCCUUUGAAUGGUUACUAUUUUCCUUCAGUCAGAUUGAAGAAUAUAUUUAAUGUUUUGUUGGACUCUGAAAUACCAAUGUCGGCACCAAUAACCCGUUUUCAAGAAUUUACUGAAUACAGGGAUGUGCAACAGUUUGGUCUAAAGGUCUUAACAACACUUGCAUACCGCAAGUCUCCAUCACAUGUUUUUAUACAGAAUUAUCUAGAGCUUUUAGAUAAACUACUUGCAUUGGAGAUGCCAACAGAAGUUAAAAAAGCCAAGGGCAAGGAAGAUGAUAAAGAGGAUAAAGUUCUUUGCAAUAGUGGUAAACAAUUCCCAUUCAGUCCACUAUCAUGCAAGCGGUAUGCAAAUCGUUGCUGGGGAUUCGCCUGUCAGUGGUCUCUGUGUGAAGACCCAAAGACACACAGACGCGCCCUAAUGCUGUUAGUAGAGAGACUCAUGCCAUUGCUAAAUAAGCCACAGCUUGCUACUGACAUGCUCUGUGACAGUUUGGAUGCCGGUGGUCCUAUCAGCAUGUUAGGUCUCCAGGGUGUGUUAGAGUUGGUCCGUCACCACAAUAUCUCAUACCCAGAUAUAUAUGACCGGCUCUAUGCUAUGUUUGAACCUGAAAUGUUCGCCACGCGCUAUAAAAAGCGACUGAUCCAUUUGGCGGACAUAUUCCUCAGUUCUACACAUUUACCAGAAAGUCUUGUUGCGGCAUUCGCAAAGCGCAUUUCUCGCUUAGCACUCGUGGCUUCACCCGACGACGCCCGUAGUUUGUUGCAAAUCGUCGCUAAUUUGCUUCUUCGCCAUCCAGCGCUUAAGAGGAUGAUCUGCUCUGAAGAUUCGCCAGCUAUCAUGUCAAACGACCCCUACGUAAUGGAAGAGACUGGCGCGUCUCGUUCCCGGGCACUUGGUUCUUCAUUAUGGGAGGUGCGAGCUCUUUGUCGCCACUGGGCACCGGAAGUCACCAGUGCGGCUACACGCGUUCUGGCUUCGCAUAAUGCAAGGGAUCCGCCACUUUCAUUGGCCCCGCCUGAAGAUAAUGAGCAAUUCGAAGCGGAACUGAAGAAAAGAUUCAAGACUAUAGAAAUCAACUUCAUUCGGCCAGAUGGAAUGUGUAUCCCGAGUGGAGAACGACUAAUGACCUACUGGGAUCUAACUGCUUAAAAAAAGGUAUGAUUUGGUUCAAUAUUUGUAAAUCCCUCCGAAAAACAGUUCUUGUAUUUGCAAUAAAUUUGAAUUUGUGCCACCAGGGCUAUUAUUACUUUAUUGAUUGAAAGGUUUGGUACUGUAUAUUAUUGAGUGACAUCAUGCUAAGGUGUCAGUUAAACCAUAUUAUAUCACAUCUUAUGGUUGUAAGUGAUCAGGAGAUAAUGCCUCUUCAUCUGCCAUUUAGUAAAAUACCAAACAAUAAUAUCAAGGUUUCAUAGAGGUUUAUUUUUAUAAUAUGAGACCUGAUAAAGGGGAUAAGGCAUAAUUCUUUAUGAUUCAAGAUAGUUCGGGACAAAGUAACCUCAUUAAAUUAAAAUUAUUUUUUCUGAUAAAUAAUAAAAACAAUAGAAUUAGAUUUUUUUAUCUUGUUUAUUUCCAAAUUCCACUUAUUCUGUGGUGCUUUGAAAAUCCACUGAUCGAUUUAUAUUUGAUCAGUAGAUUUUAAAAGUCAAAUGACCAAAUAUAUAAAUAAGGUUUUCAUAUAACAGUGUAAAAUUCGAUUUUUGAACCACAAAAAAUUUGUAAUAUUACGAAGUUACAAAAGUUUUUUUCACAGUCAAAGGACAAUAGUUGAAUUGUCGGAAUUAUAUUACGAAGAUUUAGCGAUUCAAAAAUCUGAAAGAGUUGUACAUUGAAAAAUAAGUUUUUAAAAAUACCCAUUUCAUACGAUUGUUUAGUUUUUGUGUCUAUUUCUAAGCAUUUUUAUAAAAUGUAGUUCAACCCAUCACCCAACAUAAUUAAAAUAAGAUUAAUUAAAUGUGGUGUUUUCAUAUUUAAUACGUGUCUGUAUUUAUUAUAUUUCUGUGAUCGCGUUAUGCUAAUUUUUUAGAAAGGAAUAUGAUUCCGUUAUUAAGUUAAAAUUGUGUUUUUUGCCAUUUCCAAUAUAUUAGUUAUCUGUUAAAAUCUCGCUUUUUUUAUUUUUUUACCGACUUCAAGAAAACCGAAGGAGUCCAUUUGACUUAUCACGAUUGUUUGCCAAUUCCUCUUAUUGUUUUGUGCAUUUAGAAAUAAGAAUAUUAUUUCAGUGUGAUAGGAAUAUAGAUAGUUAAGAAUUAGGAUUAUUUCGUUGUUUUAAGGCACUAACAUUUGCGAUAUAUUUUGCACUGUUAAGUAGUAUAAGCACCUAAUCUUCUAUAUUUAUAAAGCUGCUUGCGAUAUCUUUACUAGUUUUGUUUAACAAUUAAUAAAUUGCUUUUAUUUUGACAAUAUACGCACAAUGAUCAUAAUAAUUCUAGUUUUGUUGAAAGUAGAAAAUUGCGAUCUUUAUUUAUAGUAUGUUCUUUGAUUGUAUUUGAGAAUUUUUUUUUUCUGUCAAUACAAAAAUCAAGUGCAGAUAAUUAGUCUAUUAUAAUAAAGUUUUUAACUAUUUUGUAUAUAAAUAGACAAUUCCAAUAACUUACCAGAAUAACAAAUUCGCAAUUCGUGUAAUCUUGACUAUUUGAAAUACGUUUAUAGGACAAUUUAAAUCAAAUUUAAUGUAAUAUAAUUUUAUUAUUCCCUUAAUGUAUCAGAACUAUUUAAUAUUAAUGUGAAAAAUUAACAUUGCAAAGAUUAGAACUUAAAACCUCCGUAGAAAAAUCGUACGUAUCUUAAAAGUGUGUCCACUACUCAGCGGGGAGAUUAUUAAGGUAUUAUGGAAUACUUUAAUACAUCCGUAUAAAAGUAUUGGAAUUAUCUAUAAUUUAAAUGUUAUAAUAAUCUUCCAGUGAAUCUUAAUGUAACCCUUCUCAUUCCAGUCCCUUUUUUUUCUUUUACUUUAUUGAAAUGUGACAUUAAACUAUUAGAUUAAGAAUGUGUGUAUUUUGAAAAUAACAUAAUUAUUGGAUUAUAUGAUCCCAAUUGCUUGAUGUGUUCACAUUAAUGUGUCGACAAAACUGUCAAUAGUAAACACGUUUAUUAGAACUGUCGAUUGUCUUACUGGAAUGAAUUUGAUUAAUAGAAAUAACCGCCAUAUUAUUAGUUGUGCCUCGCAGUUAAGAUCACAGGAUGCGGAAUCUGAAUCGUAAUUAAGUUU